AUGGAAAGCGUCUUUUGCGAGUGCAAAGAGUGCGGUGCCCUCAUCGGCCGUUUCACCAACCUCUGGACGCAGAUUGGCAAAGACCUUUUUAGUCCGGUCCUGGAGCCAGAGGGUGACCUGGCGAUCCAUUGCCAAGGACACGACAGGAAUUGCACUGCGGUAUUAGGGCUCAAGUGCAUUCAUACGCCGGUAAACCACUUGUUGGGCGGGGGUCAGAUCCUGCUCAGGCUCGCCUCGGUGGGAUUGCUAGAUAGUGAUGGCCACGGAAGCGAGUUUGCUAUCAAACGGAUCCUCAUCGAUGAGCCGACGAUGGGCAGCAACGCAAAAGUCGCUGAGCCAUCUCAGGGAGCACUGGCGGACCGGCUUGCGUCGGCGACCGCUACUCUUGGAGAACUCGGCCAACAGUUUGCCGCGUUGCGCACUCUGAUCCACGGGGAGCUGUGCGAAUUCGAAUCGAAGCUCCGUUCGCAGUACCAAGAGAUGCAAGGAUUAAAGUCUGACAUCAAUGGCAGUUUGCCUGCGACAGAAGAUGCCGAGGACAUGGCGAGCUUCCGCGCCGAGAUGGCGAAGAUGAGACGUCAAAUAGACGAGAUUUGCUCGAGAAGCAUGGGUCGCACGGAAGUGCUCCCGUCUGGGGAGCUCGAAGUGCUCACCAGCAAUAAGACUGGGGGCAAAGCCGACCAACCCACCAUUGACCAAGUCAUCCGGAUUCCCAAAGAUCUGCAGGCACGUCUUCUUGAUAUGGAAGAGCCCGAACGCUAUGGUACAUGGCUCCGCUGCGUCUUUGAGGAGGACCCUGAGGUUCAAAUCGACCAAUUGGCUCUCUGGAGAGCGUACAGCGCAUCGUUCCUCGGAGCCCUAACGCGUGCAGGUCGUCCCAUCAUCAGCGCCCCCGAGUUUAUCCAGAGAAUCAGUGCUGUCUGGCCAAACGCCCGCCCACAAGUGAUUCAGAGUGGGCCCAACAGAGAGGAGCAGAAGUACAUCCGUGGCCCUGGACAGCCCGUCAAGUGCGGAUUUUGGAGUCUCACAGCCGAGAAGAUGUGGGAGCACGUCCUCUCCAAACACGUGAAUGUAACUGGGACCAAGGAGGGCGUGCACCGAACUCGCGAAAUCGAAGCAUCGCAGAGGGGCCUGGACUCUUUAGAGAAACAGAUCGUGAAGCGAGAAAAAGGACCGGGGGCCUUCUAUGCCUGUUAA